AUGGCUCAACUGAAAUCCAAACAAGACAUUUUAGAGCAAGAAGUAAAAAGAUUGGAGACAGAGAUGACUCAAAGUAAACAAGAAGUAACUUUGGAAGCAAACAAGCAAACUGAUCUCACCAUACCCCAUUCUCUAAAAAUCCAUAGCCUGUCUACACUUAAGAGAGCCAACACUCCCAAUAAAAAUAAAACUCUUAACAUCAAGAAAAACCACUUCAGCAUAUCACUACAGAUGGCUAAGAGCAAAUCAAAACAGCCCAUACUCCACCCUGCCAAAAAGGCAGAAGAAACAAGUAAUGGAGUAAAUCCAGGUUUUAGUCAACAAAAAGGACAAUGCUCCCUACCCAUGCAACAUCUGGAGAAAGAUCCAAAAUAUACUCCAAAGGAAACCUUAAAAAAACCCAAAGUGUUUGGAACUUUUAGAGUACACAAAGGACCUCCAAUGACAGCAAAAAUUCGUGAAAGCAAUGACACUUUUUUAGACUUCUUCAACAAAUACAUAGGUGAAUCUUCAACCGAAAUCAAGAGAACAGCAGACACCUACAUGAGAACAAAUGACAGUACUAAUACAAUGUCUCAGAAGUCAUCAAAACAUGGACUAAAACAACCGCUCCUGCUUAACACACGACUUACUGGAUAUACACUAAUCACAUACUUCAGCAGGAAACAUCACCAGAAGGGAGGGGUUGCAAUAUAUGCCAGUGAAAACAUCUCACUACACUCUGAGGCCAUUGACAUAUCUGAUCUUUGUAGAGAAUUGACAUUAGAAGGUGCUCUAGUAAAAAUUAAGACAGAGCAUACAUGUGUUUAUGUUCUGGGUAUCUACAGAAACCAGGGAAAUCUGGAAGAAGACCUUGAGAUGAUGUCGGAGAUAUUAAACAAAAUACCGACAUCAAAAUACCCAGUGCUAAUAAUGGGAGAUAUUAAUAUUGACAUUAUAAAAAGUGGACCUGACCAAAAACACCUGUCGGAAAUUCUCUUAAGUCAUAACAUGACACGACUGUCUCUUCCUCCUACUAGAAUCACGCCUACAUCAAAGACCUCCAUAGAUUGUGUCUGUACAAACCUGGACCAUGAAUACUUAAAUGUGACGAUCAUUAAUACAGCAAUAUCAGACCACACUGCCCAACUAUGUACAAUUAGAAACAUAAUGAAACACAAAGAUCAGUCCUUGACUUCAGAAAAUAGAAUACUCAGUUCGAGAAACAUCAUGAACAUGGGGAGUCUGCUAGACCUACAAGACUGGAAAAUAGUUCUCGAGUCAGUCUCUGUAGAUGAAUCAUAUGAAAAUUUUUGCAAGAUUCUGACAAAUGCUUUGGACAUAACCUGCCCUGUCACCAAGUCAAAAAGGAAAAGAACAAAGCAAAAAGUUUCUGCAGACAGAGAGACAGUUCAACUGAAGAACAUUUUCCUUGAGGCAUUUGACAAAUACAACCUGACAGGACGAGAAGAGGACAAGAACGAUGCAAUGGCAAAAAAGAAAGCAUAUGAUCUGAAACUAAGAACUGUUAAACGACUAGAAGUAGCAAAGAGUAUUGCCCUAUCAAAUGACAAACCAAAAACACUUUGGAAAAUCAUUAAUAAUGAAAGGAAGAUGGGAGAAAGAAAAAUGCUACCAACAACUUUGCAUAUAGAAGGACGGGAAGUAAAUGAACCAGCUGCCGUUGCGAACCAUCUAAACGAUCACUUUGUCAUGAUUGCAGAUAACACUCUAAAACAAAAUGGUCAGAUCAACACUACUUUCCCAGUUCCCCAAAACCAACAUCACAACAUACCAAGCCUUUUCUUGCACCCAACUACAGAACAGGAAGUAAUCAGUGUAAUUAACACAUUCAAAGCAAAACCGUCUGCAGGGGUGGAUGGAAUAUCAGCAAAAAUCGUAAAAGCUUGCAAAGAACAAAUCCAGCUACCACUAACUGACAUUGCUAAUAAGUCUUUUGCCCAAGGAAAAUUUCCAGAACUACUAAAAGUAGCAAAAGUCUACCCAAAAUUUAAGAAAGGUGAUGUAACUGAUGCAAACAACUACAGGCCCAUCUCCCUUAUCAGCACAUUUUCUAAGGUGAUAGAGAAACUUGUCCUAGCCAGAUUAUUACAACAUUUGUAUCAACAUAACCUGUUAAACAACAAACAGCAUGGUUUUAUGGCAGGAAAGUCAACAUCUACAGCUAUAGUUGACUUAGUCGAAACUAUUAUUGACCACUUAGAAUCUGACAACAUUCCUAUGGCAAUACUCCUUGACUACUCUAAAGCCUUCGACUGUCUGGACCAUAAUCAACUUCUGGGAAAGCUUAAGAACCUGGGUAUUGAGGGGAAAGCAGCUGACUGGUUUGAGAGCUACCUUCUCAACAGAAAACAAAUAGUAGAGAUUAAACACAUGGAUAAAGGAACAAUUCAGUCUGUGAAAUCAAAAACCCAGACUACAACAAGAGGUGUGCCACAAGGUUCUGUACUGGGACCAGUCUUGUUCAUUUUAUUCACGAAUGACUUCUCUUCAUGUGUACAAAGCCAUUGUACACCACUUAUGUAUGCUGAUGACACGGUGUUACUGCUAGGUAAUAAAAAUCCAAAUAUUAUAGCAACCACUGCCACCACAGCUUUAAACACAGCAAUUAACUAUUGUAAACAGAACAGCUUAGUUGUAAACCAAUCAAAGACAAAACAAUUAAUUUUUGGAAACAAAAAACAAACAGUGACAAGACUGCCAGACCUGGAAACUACUGACAGCACCACCUACCUUGGCAUCACACUCGAUGAACAUCUAAAUUGGACACCUCAUGUGGAUAACCUCUGUAGGAAAUUAAGCACAGGAAUCUACGUAAUAAGAAGAAUUAAGACCAUUAGUGAUCUCAACACUGCCAAAAUAGCCUACUACUCUCUUUUUGAGACGCAUCUUCGAUAUGGGCUAUUGGUCUGGGGAAACUCAUCCAAGACAAAUGUGCAACGUGUACUUAUUCAACAAAAGAGAGCUAUAAGGGCACUUUGUGAUCUAUCACCCAGAGAAUCAUGUAGGGAAAAGUUCAAGGAGCUCAAAAUCCUAACUAUAGUGAAUUUGUACAUACUUGAGACCAUAACAUAUGCUAGAACAAAGACUCUGAAUCCACUCAAGACUGGAUCACAACUGCACACAUACAACACCCGACAUGCAACAAACUACUGCCUCCCUGUACACCGCCUGACCAAAUAUGAAGAGAAGCCAAGCUACAUGGGAUCCAAGCUUUGGAACCAUCUUCCAGCAGCAGUGAAGGGGACAGAUGACCAGCACCUGAGACAACGGCUUGGCAACUGGCUAAAAAAACAUCCAUUUUAUUCUCUUGAUGAGUUUUUUGUUCUUGAUUCAAAUCAUGUUUAA